AUGGGCGCAUCCGACAUUCCCGAGCUUCAAUACACCCCUAUUGAGGAGAUCCAGGAAAGCGUCGCUCGCGUCAAGCGGACCUUCCUCGAGCACAAGACCCGCGAUGUUGAGUUUAGACUGAUCCAGCUCCGCAAGCUCUACUGGGCUAUCAAGGACCAUGAGCAACAAAUCGUCGAAGCCCUCCAGAGCGAUCUAAGGAAGCCACGUUUUGAAACUGAGGUUGGGGAGUCUAUCUGGUUGGAGAACGACAUUGUCUUCAUCACCCGAAAUCUGCACAAAUGGGUCAAGGAUGAGAAGGCCGAUGAUAUCGAUCUCACAUUCAAGUUUAUGAACCCCAAGAUCCGCAAGGAUCCUCUGGGAACGGUGUUGGUGAUUGGUGCCUUCAAUUUCCCCUUCCAGUUGACCCUCGGUCCUGUGCUCGGCGCCAUCGCUGCAGGAAACACCGUGGUUAUUAAGCCCAGCGAAAAUGCCCCCAAGAGUGCUGUCGUCAUGCAGCGAAUCAUUGAGGCUGCGCUUGACCCCUCAUGUUACAAGGUCAUUCAAGGAGGCGUCCCUGAGACUCAGGCCCUGCUUGCGGAGCGAUGGGAUAAAAUCUUCUUCACGGGUGGUGCUACCGUAGGUCGCAUCAUUGCAAAGGCAGCUGCUCCCCAUUUGACUCCUGUUGUACUCGAGCUGGGCGGUAUCAACCCGGCCAUCAUCACCAAGUCUGCAAACCCCAGGCUUGUCGCCCGAAGACUGCUCUGGGGAAAGCUUAUGAACGCAGGUCAGGUCUGCACUUCUCAGAACUACCUCUUGGUCGACAGGACCCUCGUGCCCGCUGUUGUUGAGGAGUUCAAGAAGGCAUACAAGGAGUUCUAUCCCCGUGGAGCCAAGGCCUCGCCGGAUUACUCUCGCCUUGUCAACGAGGGUGCUUUCCGUCGUCUCAAGGGCAUGAUUGAUAACUCCAAGGGCAAGAUCCUUAUGGGUGGUACCAUGGACGAGAAGGAUCUCUUCAUCGAGCCCACUCUCAUUCAGGUUGAUUCUCCCGACGACUCCUUGCUUGUGCAAGAAAGCUUCGGUCCUCUCAUCCCCAUCCUCCCCGUUGACAACCUCGACGAGGCUGUUAGCAUUGCCAACGGCAUCCAGAGCACACCCCUGGGUAUCUACCCGUUCGGCUCAAAAGCCGACACUGACAAAAUUCUCUCCAUGACCCGCUCCGGCGGAGUCUCCGUCAACGACGCCGCGCUUCACAUCCCCACACUCCCCUUCGGCGGCGUCGGCGAAAGUGGCUACGGUGCCUACCGUGGACGCUCCAGCUUCGACGUGUUCGUGCACCGUCGUCCGAUCACAUCUAGCCCAGGCUGGCUCGAAUCUCUCCUGGCUAUUCGAUACCCGCCUUAUGCCGGAAAGCUGGCCAAGUUCAAGUCGGCUAGCACGCUCGUCCCGGACUUCGACCGCUCCGGCCAGAAGGUUCGUCUCGGCUGGAUACGCUUUGUUCUCACGCUGGGCGGAGGAUCGGCUAAGGCUGGUGCUGCCCGCGCUACUGUUAUCGCUGCUGUCGCAUAUCUCAUCAUGAAGAUCCUCGAACGACGAAGCUCGAAGCUUUAG